AUGAUCUCCGCCUUUUUUCGAAGGGGCACCACAGACAGGGCAGCUUCGAGAAGAGCGCCACCAACGACAGCUCCACAAGAGCCAGAGCUACCUGCAGAUACUACACCAAAACCUAACCAAAAGCGUCUAUAUGGACCUGAUCUGCAGUUUCAAGAUCCACAGUCUAAUGCGGUAGGAGAGACGGAGAAUGACUUGGUGCGCGAGUGGAUUGACAAUACAGAGAAUCAAUCCCCUUCUUCUACGCUCAAAUUGGAGUGCAAUUUGAAGAGAAACACCCUGCGCAUAUUGACAAAUGAUAGGGCACCUUCGAUUAUUUCCACAGAAUCUAACAGACCGACAUCCCCUUCCAUGUCUAUUGCUCCAGUCUCAAAUAAAUUUCAGUCGCUUAGCUUCAGUUUCGACAGUCUCACCCCAAAAGUGAAAAUAUCUUUGAGCUGGUUGGAUUCACAGGAGUCGCUGAUGGAGGACGUUGUUGACGGUGGCUGGGAUAGGCACUGGCAGUCCCCAAACAAGCUCGAUCUUGUGGCGCACCAGCAUAGACUGCAGAAGAUUGACGACGGCUCAGACUCGGAUUCCGUAGCCUCAAAUGCAGACUCAAACCAAGUCACAAAGCUGGAACUAAAGUUGAAGAUUGAUUUAGUUGGAUGUGAUGAUAGUGGUGUUGCUGUUACACCACAUAAUAAGCAGUCGACGUAUCUUAUCAUCCAUCGAUGCGACGAAUGCUGGCUCCUUAGAGUCGAUAAGCGUAUUGGUUAUAUUGCGAACAAGCAAUUCAAUCUUCACGAAAUAUACGGCUUGUCUUCACAUACUAGAGACAAUGCCUCAAAUGAUAUUAAUCAGAGUAUGACGGAUGAUCACAUUGGGGGUGAGUGCGUUAUAUGCUUGGCAUCGCCAAGAGACACAGUCUUAUUACCAUGUCGACACCUUGUUGCUUGCAAGGAUUGCGCAAUUAGAAUGACAGAUUUUGGCGGUGGGGGUGUACAACCAGACAGAGAAGGUGGUGCUUGGGGUACAGAGGGUGCUGAGCCAUCGACAUCAGCAAAUGCAACAGAAGCAGCAGAUGCUCCAACCCAAAAUGAUCGAGUUAUUGCUGCCGAAGCUGGCAGAUCUCAACGCAGACGUAAGCGCAAACCUAAAGGAUGGUAUUGUCCAAUAUGUCGUCAGCCAUAUUCUGCCAUGCUCAGAGUGGCUUUCAAUGAUCAAUAG